ACUAAGAGGAGGAGCACGCGGCCAUGCAAACAAAAAGUAGCCUACAUGUCUCAUCAUGCCGGUCGUAUUGUGGAAAAACAUUGUGAUUCUUAUCACAAUCUUGUCUAGCUUUGGCAUCUGUUUUUGUAACGAUGUGUAUCCUGAGGACAAUCUGGACAUACCAGCGAUCGCCAAAUAUUUCACCACCAAAGGGAGAUAUGAGGAAGUGAACCCGCAUCUCAUAAAGGACAUACUCGCUGUAAACAGAUCUGUUCUGCAACUUCCAUCUGCACAAUGUCAACCAUUUCAUCUGACGGCGAUAAUAAGACAUGGCACAAGGUACCCGACGAGCAAAAACGCCAAGAAAAUGCAGAAACUAUACGAACUGGUAAAAAGCAGCGCCUCGGGCAAAGAGCGCUGGCUGUGGGAAAUCCAGAGCCAGUGGCGGAUGUGGUACACUGAGGACAUGGACGGCAGACUGGUGCAGAAAGGUGUGGAGGAUCACAAGCAUCUGGCUGUCAGGCUGUCAAAGUUGUUCCCCUCACUGAUCUCAGAGAAAAAUCUCCGUGGAGGGUUCAUCAAAUUCAUGACUAGCUCAAAGCACAGGUGUGUCAACAGCACGCUGUCAUUCAAGGCAGGAUUGACAGAGCUGUGGGCGAUUACAGAUACGGAGUUUGACCACGCAGUGAAUGAUGCUCUCAUGAGGUUUUUUGACCAUUGCACCAGGUUUGUGCAGGAGGUUGAUCAGAACCCCUCAGCGCUGUCAGAGAUGGAUAAGUUCAGAAAGGGACCAGAGAUGAGGAGGGUCACAGAGAAGAUCGCAGACCGUCUCAGUGUCCCCUACAAUAACAUCACAGACGAUAUGGCUGAAGCUGCAUUUUACUUGUGUGCUUAUGAGUUUGCCAUCAAGACCGUGAACUCCCCCUGGUGUCAGCUUUUUGAUGAGGUGGAUGCACAGGUUAUGGAGUAUGCCAAUGACCUAAAGCAAUUCUGGAAAAGAGGUUACGGUUAUGAAAUUAACAGUAAAUCGAGCUGCAUUCUUUUCCAUGACGUGUUUAGUCGACUGAACAGAGCAGCCGAUGAAAACAAGUCAGGACAGCAGGUGACUGAAGCUGUCACAGUCCAGGUGGGCCAUGCAGAGACCCUCCUGCCACUGCUCACCCUCCUGGGCUUCUUCAAGAACAGUGAAGACCUGACUUCUACCAACUACGCUACACAGACCCAACGUUCCUUCCGCACCAGCCACAUGUUACCCUAUGCAGCUAACUUAGUCCUGGUGCUUUACGACUGUGGAGCAGACGACCUGAGGCUGCAGGCACUGCUCAACGAGAAGCCUGUUACUUUCCCCGGGUUGACACACCAGGAGACCUCCAUUCCUCGCUUUGAAGACGUCAAAGAGAAGUACAGGGACCUGCUAAAAGGCUGUGACUUUGAGACAGAGUGUCAGCUGUUCAACAGUCCUGCCUAACUCUGGGCAGACAGGAAAGGUCCUGGAAAAGGAGUCAUUAUAAGGGUGUUUUAAUUGCAAAUGGUGAGAACAUUGUGGUCCACAUAUAGGAGUGUCAGAGUCUAAAUGCCUAAACCAUGACCAAAUCACCAUUUGGCAUGGCAUUUUAUUGUAAGAAGAAACAAGAACACAUUUAACUCACUUCACCUUAUGGCUGAGAAAAUUCAGAUUUGUUUUCUGAAACUGAUCCCAGCCUAGCAUUUAUUUCCAAACCACCUGUACCAUUACAGUAUUCCUUUAUUGCUUUUCCAUGGUUUAUCUCCAGGGGUUACAGUUUGCAGUGUACACAUUUUAUUUAGCUUUUACCAAAAUCCUUUCUCCUUGGUUUGAAAGAGCACAAAAUUGUGUGGUCAGUUUGAAUUGGUGCUCUGGCUACUCCAGAGCACCAAACGACUACUGAAUGUAAUCACCGUAGUUUGAUUAAACUGUAAGCUAAAUUGUGGGUUAACUAUACAA